AUGCGGCAAAUAUGGUGGAUCAAAUGGGUGAAUGACUAUGUCUGUGAAAUCCUUUAUCAUCCUAGGAAGGCAAAUGUGGUGGUUGACACGCUUAGUCGAAUGGAAAAGAGUGGAACAAUGAAAGCCAUUGCAUUGAGAACGAACCUGAUCCCUGGCAUUCUUAAUGAAAUUCUAAGAUGUCAAGGAUUGAAGAAAGAUAAUGCAAAAUAUGUCGAACGAUGUUUGAUGUGUCUGCAAGUGAAGAUUGAGCAUCAACAACCAUAUGAGAAUUUACUGUCUCUAGAAAUUCCUGUGUGGAAGGCAGCUUGCCCACAGAGAGUAUUGGCUUGCCUUUUGGAAUUUGGGGUUGACUUCGAGCUUAUAAAUGUUGACCUCGACUCCAACGAGCAUAAACAACCUGAAUUUCUACAAAAACAGCCUUUCGGACAAGUCCCAGUUAUUGAAGAUGGCGAUUUUCGGCUUUUUGAAUCUAGGGCAAUCAUGAGGUAUUAUGCAACAAAAUACGCCGAUAGAAAUCCAAAACUCUAUGGAACGAMUCUAGAUGAGAAAGCGUUGGUUGACCAAUGGCUAGAAGUCGAAGCACAUCACUUCAACGACAUGGUUUACACGAUCGUUCUUCAAAAACUCGUCAUCCCAAAGAUGGGAGGGAAACCCGACUUAGCCCUAGUACAAAAUUGCGAAAAAAAGCUUGAGAAAGUGUUUGAUAUAUACGAACAACAACUUUCAAAGAAUAGGUACCUAGCCGGAGAUUGUUUCACACUAGCCGAUCUGAGCCACCUUCCCGGGAUUCGGUAUCUGAUAAAUGAAGCUGAAUUAGGACACAUGGUGAAAGGGAAGAAGAACGUGAAUUCGUGGUGGUGCGACAUUUCGAACCGAGUUGCUUGGAAAAAAGUCAUGCAACUAAUGGAGUGAGUUAGUUGGACUGAAUUCGGAGUUUCUGUAUUUGCAAACAAAAAAUAAAUCGAACAUUUCAGGUUUACAACUCAUUAGUGAAGUUAUGAUGGAUAUAUAUUCUAUAUUAUAAAACGUUCAGUAUAAACUUUUA